CCGGCUAUCGAAACCGAAUUUGUACGCCAUGUGAAGAACCAGGCCGACUUCCAAUUGAUCGACAGACAACCGUUCACGCGCACAUGUCAGGCAGAUGGGCGGCAGCAGCUGAUGGCACUCAAUGAAGACUCGUUUGAGAAGAGGCGGUCUCAUAUUAAAGGCGUGAUCAAG